UCUCGCAUCGAGAACGUAAUCGCUAGCAUAUGCUGCGUAAUAUCACGACUUUAUCUUCAUCAAAAAAAGAAAGAAAAUACAACUAUAUACAUUGUCUUCGCAAGAACGCGCGCACGCGCUAAAUUGACAUGUGUACAGCUGUGCCGAGUCAUCAAGUGCAAGUAAAGUCCAAGUAGCAACGUUAGCUGUAUGUGCAUCCGUCGACUGCAACUACAUGUGUUCACCAACAGGAAUAUCCUGCGCAUGCGUAAAAAAUUAAUAAAAAUCGCACAGAAAUUCAAUUGAAGAAUUGAUCAACGAAACUGAAUCAUCAUCGAGAAUGUUCGUCAAACCACAAGUUGGACGAAGAAUGUUGUUCACCACAAGAGAUACUAAUUUCUGGGCGAAAAUACUCCAGAAAAAGAAGAAGAGGAAGCCGUUGGCGUCAGAGGUCCUAACGAGCUACCUAUUGCAAGCCGACGCCCCCUGGACUUCGUACUUUGUCCGGUACGCCGACGUGGUGAACGAUCAACGGGGAAUGUCACACUUCAAUUGGCCGGCGGGUGACAGUAAUUACCACGUGCUUAGGACCGGCUGUUUCCCGUACAUCAAGUAUCACUGCAGCAAACGACCAACGCGGGACCUCAGCGGCGAGGACAGAUUCUUCAAGGCGAUCAAGAUAUUGAACCUUGGUAUCCCCACCCUGAUGUACGGACUUGCGGCGACGCAGCUUAUCCGACACCGUGAGAUCGUGAAGACGCCUGAAGGCAACGUGACAAUCCACUUCUUGCUACCGGAGGACAAAGGCGCGUCUUACUAAGAUCCGCGACUUGCACUGAUAUAUUAAUAUAUAUGUAUAUUUAUUCGUAUCGAGUCUCUCCCACGUCUCAUGAUGGAUCUUAAAGGGGAUGCUGACCAUGACUGUUUUACCGACUAUGAAUUCAAAGGCUUUU